ACAUUAAAUUUUUGUGGCACUUUGAGUGAAAUAAAUGCUUCAGUAGUUAAGUCCAAUACUAAAUUUCAGAGGGAAAUCCAAUUCAGGGAAGGUAAAGAUUAUCCCAUAUCUGCCAACUACAGGGCUCCUGCAUCUUCCUCUGGAACUUCUGGUAUUAGUCAUUGUCAGAGAUGGGAUAUGGGACUGGGCCUCCAGUCUCAUCCAGUAGGACAAUUUCUAUGAGAUACCAAAGGAAAUAAUCAAAGUUUCCUGUCCAAUAUCAUUCUGCUUUUGGUAAAGGCAAAUAUGACUAGUGUUUACACAUUUUGAGGUUUCUUUAGAAAAUAAGUACCACUGUUCUUCAGCAAAUGUCUCUUCCAGGCCUUAAUGCAUGCAUGGUCCCUUUUUUUAUUCCUUUUUCCAGCAGAACAGUAUUGUUCUUUGCCUCCUCCUACGAAUAUUCAUUUUGAAUCUACUAACAUGAAGAACGUCCUGCACUGGUCACCACCAGAAGGUGUGGGAGAUGGAGUAUUCUACAGGGUGAAGUAUUUAGUAUAUGGCGAAAAUAAAUGGGUUAAAAAGUCAGAAUGCCAGCACAUCGAUAGAACAUGGUGUGAUCUCUCCAGUGACACCUAUGACCACGAAAAACAGUACUAUGCAAGUGUUAAAGCCUUCUUAGAAAGAAACUGUUCCAGCUGGGCAGAGACCGAACGGUUCAAUCCUCUCACAGACACCCAGAUUGAUCCACCAGCAGUCACUGUGUCAUCUACUGAAAAAUCAAUUUCAAUUGUUCUGACUGCUCCUGAGAAAUGGAAAAGAACUCCUGAGGACAAAUCUGUAUCUUUGUUUUACAUUUACUCUGUUUUGCAAUAUAAUGUGUCUGUCCUCAACAAAAAAACAAACAAGAAGUGGUGGUUUUCCAUUAAGAACAACACAUUGAUUGUGCCCAGGUUAGAAUCCAAUACAGUUUACUGCAUCAGCGUGCAGACACAUGUUCCAAUACCACGUUUGUUUAGUGGAUUUUCAGAAGAAAGUUGCAUUGCGACUCUGAAAGACCCAAAUGCAGAACAUGCCAUAACAGUUGUAUUUGGAUAUAUCCUGCCCAUCUUUCUGACAGCCUUCGUUCUCUCAAUGACAUACUAUGUUGUACACAGGUAUAUUCAUGUCAGCAAACAAAAGCACCCAGCAAACCUGGUAUUGAAGUACACUAACAAAUGUAAUGAAAAUGUUUUUGUACCAACUGAAAAAAUAGUGGUCAACUUCAUUACCGUUAAUAUUGUGAAUGAGAACAAGGCUUCUCAGGAAACCAUUAACUUAAUAGACAGGAGCAGCCGCAUAUACUAUAACAUCCAUGAUGAAAACAGACCUGAUAAUAAACCUCCAAAGGAAGAGUUACUCUUGAAACACUUGGUUGAUUCUUCUGAAGGAGUAAAAAUUUUACCCAACUGUAAAAAAGAUGGGAACUGGCCAUGCCAAGGCCAAGUUGGCAACCACUGUACUUUGGGUCAAAGAAAUGAAGAGGUCAUAGAAUAUGAAUGUGAUGUGAGGCCUGCUGACCUCUUUUCUGUGCAGAAACUGGAGGAUCACAGUGUGAAAGUGAAAUCUUCUGCACUAGGGGAACUGCUAAAUAAGCCCCAGAUUACACUGGAGGACUUGGACCUUGAUAAAACAAAACUGCCAUACUGUCCCCAACUUAAUGAAAGGACUACAGACACUUGUUCAGUACAGAUAUUAAAAGAACUCAAAUGUAAUACACCAGAGGAGCUGUCCCCUGAGACAGAAACCAAGUUGCUAAACUUGGGUACUGAAAAAUCAGGACAAUUAUCAUUUCCUCACGUAAGUACAAUAAGCCAGGGCCCCCAGGACCCAAUGGUGAUACAGGAUGUAAAAAAGGAAUAUGAACAGACUAUAUUAGUAGACUGGGAUCCUCAUACUGGAAAACUUUAUAUAUCUAGUUUGUCCAAUUUUGAAAAUGAUGCUUGUGAAGAAAUAUUUGAACAUGAAAAGUGUGAUGAUCCAGCAAAAGAGGGGCUUUUGUCCAGACUGUAUGAGAGGCAGGUAUCUGAUGAGCCCUCGGAGGACCAAGAAAUAUACCUCCAGAAAUUUAAGGAACAAUGGGGACUGCAUGUAAAAAUGGAAGACUGAGAAGAGUCUUUAAAGAUCUUAAAAUAUUAAAUGUAAAACAUGUAUAUAUGCUGUCAAGAGGUACUUAUGGUAUCUAAGACCAAGAACCAAAAAGGCCUCACAAUUAAACUAACAUGUUUUAUUCCAACCAAGCAAAGGAGGAGGUAGUGAGGUAAAGUUGCCCCGUGUGGCAGCAUUUAUCUUCCGACUUGGUAUUUGUGGUCAGCUGAAUAACCAAGGGCUGAUGUACAAAAUCUACUAUUAUUUAUAUCACUAUUGAGUUUUACCUAGAAACUUUUGCUGGGAAUUGCAGCAACUUGUACCAGGGCUGGCCCCAAGGCUGGGUUUUUACUGGGAUUAUGUACUUUUUUAAGCUGUUGAUUUUAAAAAGGUAUGUUCUCUAAGGAUUAUCUCUGUUUUAUACACAUUAAAACAAAUCAGCUGUGCUCAGAAACAGUUAUUUUGAGAAUAUUGGGAAGUUUUCCUCACUGUGUGCUAAUGAAAGGUAGGUAUCAAUGAAAAUAGGAAAAGAGCAGAAAGAGAGCCUGCAGUGUCUUCUGCCACAAGAAUUCUCAUGGGCUCCGCAGGUUUCUUUCUGUUUCAAGCAAUAUAAAGGCUCAUUUCAACUCCCACUGAUGGCAUUUAAAACAUUUCCUUGUGAAUUGGAUUGGGAUUUAAUACAGCAGCUCACUAGCGCCUCUGCAACCAAGUCUUUCCAGAGAACAGGCGGGAGAAGGUAAUUUUUUGUAGGAAUUAACAAUAAUCCACUGUAUAUUAUUAGUAUUCCAUAACUAAUAUUUAGUACAGUUAUUUAUUUUACAGAAACUCAUGGAGAACCCAUUUGAGAUCUGGCCCCCAUUGUAUUAGUUACAAAUACACAGUGAGAGAUUUACCAAAAUCCUUACUAUCUAAUAAGACAAAGGGUGAGAAAAAGGAAAUCUUACUGUCUUUAUUUUACUCAUGGGGCGAGUUUGAGGAACAAAGAAAUUUUGAAUAACUUACCAAAGCUACACAGAAAAUCUGCAGAACUGGGAAUUGUACCUCAUUUUCUUGUCCAGUGCUUUAACUACAAGUUCAUUUUUUCUUCUCAUUCCUGCAGUAUUAAUAUAUUGGGGUAAAACUCUACAACAUUUUAAUAGUAAGUUAUUAAAGCUCACUGAAAUUUUUCAGUAAGACCUUAUAGUUAAAGAAAAAUUGUUAUUUUUUUCCAACAUCAGUAACGUCCACAAAGAGAGAUCUUUUUUUUCUUUCUUUUGUGUCAUCAAAACCUUUUACUCAUAUUCACAUGCUCAAAAUCAGGUACAUGCUCAAGUAACUUUUUGAAGCAGGGCCUUUUCAAUAUCUUUCUCUGCUAAUCAGGAUUUCCUGUUACACAGCUUAGGCAGUGCACAGGUUAGCAUUAUACUCAUCUAUCCACCCUUUGAAAUUAAAAGAACCAGCAGAUCACUUACCUCAGUAUUUCUCCAUCUUUUCAAGUUGGCCCCUCUUGAAGUACUUGAAGUAGGGUGUUUCCAGUCCCCUAUAUUUUACUAUCUAGUAUCAAUGCUACUAAGGCUAGGCCUGUAUAAUUUAUUUGCAGACAUGUGUUUUGAGAGCCUUACAUUACAGAGAAAUUUAAAGCCAUACAGGGAUUGAAGAAGUGAAUCAGGGAGGGUUACUUGCAUAGACAAGAAGGCUGCAUCCACAUAAGCAUGCAUGUGCAUUUUUGUGGUGCCUCAAAGGCUUUUGAGAUGCU